UCAAAACAAGCAGGGUGUCGAGGCAGCGACGCCGCGCCAGGAGGCCGUUUGGCGGGAGGAGAUGGCGCUCGCGGGCAAGGGCGCGCUGCAGGAACUUACUCUGGCGGACGUCAAAUGUCCAGUAUGCCUUUCCAUUUUGAUCGAACCUGUCACCAUGCCGUGCUCGCACACCCUGUGCAUGCCGUGCUUCGUCCAGAACGUGGCUCAGACAGCCUUGGCCUGCCCUCUCUGCCGUAAAAGAAUAAGUGUGUGGGUGAGGCGUUCAACCAAAGCCAAAAAGUUAGUCGACAAGAGGCUCUGGGACAAGAUACAAGAAAAUUUUUCAAAUCUAAUAGAAGCUCGCCUGCAUGAUGAAGAUGACUUCAUUUUGGAAGACACCGAUGUGCCCAAGCCUCUCGUGUGCCAGCCAGGAGAGAUUCGACAAGAAUAUGAGGCACUGUUGGCCCAAGAAGAACAAGAGAGAUCCUUACAGAGAACAGAAGAGGAAUUAGCUUCAAGCCGAUUAAUUCAGCAGUUGCAGGAAGAAGAGAAGAUGAAACUGCGAGAACGUCGUGAACGUCAGCAGCUCUUGUGUGAAAAUGAUGAGGCAGUAGCACAACAGGUUAAGGAGGCAGAAAGCAUAAAAGAGCAAGAGGAACAGUUGAAGCUGCUGCUGCUUCUUGAAAGAGACGAAGUUAUUGCACGUCAGAUUGAGGAGGAAGAAAAGAAGAAAAAGCAGCCAGUAAUCCUUAGCCCAGUUUCCAGCAGAAAAGGGAGUCACGCGACCAGCAAACCUACCUCAACACCCACUCGAGGGCCAAUGGAUAUUUUCAUUGGCCAGAAAACUCCCCGGUCCAGCAGUAAAAGAAUUGCUCCAAGAGUGGGAUAUUCGUCAGGCUCAACAAGCUCAGAGAUAAACUUUGGAUCACCAGACAGAAGCCUCUCACUGCCAGAUAGAUCUGCACGAGAUGUGAACAGUACACCCACAACAUCAUCCUUCAGUCCAGUAAGAAGACGUAGCUUACAUGCAUCCACAAUGGAUUCCCCACGAAGACUGAAUAAGGAAAAGGGUAUUGAUAGCAUGGCUACUCGAAUAGGCAGACAGCUGAGAGAAAUCACUUCAUCUCAGAGUUCAGAGUCUGAGUCAGAGGACAUUGGCUUAAGCAGCCCAACUUGCUACAAGAAAUCAGGAAAGGAGAACGUAGGAAAAUCAAGUAAAUUAGGAAAAGUGAAAGUUAAGAAUAAAGAGAGUGAAUCACACAGAACCUUCAGUGAGUGCAGCCCAGAUAUUGACAGCUAUUGUGGAGUGAAAAUGGAUUAUUCUCAAGACAGCUCUUAUUCUAGGCUAGAAGACAGUGAUGAAACAGACAUUGAGGAUGAUAAUGUAGAAAGCUCAAGUGCCUUAAGGAGAUUACAUGACAGUGCUAAGAAAGAUGAGAGACAAAGAGCCAGUGACAGUAAGUCAGAUUUGAGAAUAACAGAAUUAUGUGAUAAUGUUGAUGCACGGUUAUCAGAACAGGGCAAGGCUUCUGCAACAGUGUCAACUCAUUCAUCAGAUGUGCUAAUACCAGAUGAGGUCUUAGAAACUGAAGGCUCAAAAUCAGAUGAUAUAUCCUCGUUGAUAAAAGAGCAACAAUUGCUAGAAGCUAGGAUCCAGCAGGAAGAAGCAGACAGACUCCUAGCAGAAGCCUUGCAGAGAGAGCUCAACCAGAGACCACAGGAUACUGGAAAUUUUCAGGUCAACAGAAGCCGUGGAUCUGAGGAUGAAUAUUCCCUGAGAGACCGCAAUCCAGCCGCCAAGAAAGCAACUCCUACCAGAAGCGUUCCUUCAAAAUCUACCGUUCAGUCCAAGCUGUCACCUAACCAGUCCAAGAAACGGCAGUCAACACUCAUGGAAAGCUUAAAAAAGAGACAGAAAACAUGAAUUUUCAUUCCAGUACCAUAACAGUUAGUGUCAGCUUUGUAUAGGGAUUCUUUUCUUUGCGCAAAUGAGACCAUAGAUUUUAAGCUAUUUAUGCCAAAUUCAUAUUAGAGUAUUUACAUGAAGUGUUUGCUGUCCUUGUUAGUUAUACCAGAUCUGUCCUUCCCUUUCUUACUCCUUAAAUGAAAUUUGACAUUUUAUUUGGAGCUAUAAAUUUUAAGAAUAAAAAUAUAGACUAUCAAGAAUUAUUGUCAAGUAAUCAAAUUUGUGUUCUUCGAGGAUACAUCAUAUUAGAAUCUUUGCAUGCAUUGUUCUGUAAAUAGUUUUGUACUUACAUGUUAUAUAUAUUCCCUCAUGUUUAUUUCCAGAUAUAUUUUGUAGUUCUCACUGCCUCAGUGAUAUGGAUUAAGUUACAUUUUGUUUAGUUUCUGUGCAGUAUUGCUUUCAAAAAACAACUGUUUACCAAAGGAACAGUUUCAGAGACAUGGAAAAUUAUGUAAUGAGAAAUACAUUAAGUGUUUACAUUCCUUCUUUUUGUCA